GGGUGGGGGGAGCGGCGGGCAGGCCGGGCAUGGCGUCGAUGGCGGCGGCGAUCGCGGCCUCGCGCUCGGCGGUCAUGAGCGGGAACCGGCCUCUGGACGACCGGGAGCGGAAGCGCUUCACCUACUUCUCGUCGCUGAGCCCCAUGGCCAGGAAGAUCAUGCAGGACAAGGAGAAGAUCCGCGAGAAGUACGGGCCCGAGUGGGCGCGGCUGCCGCCCGCGCAGCAGGACGAGAUCAUCGACCGGUGCCUGGUGGGGCCGGGCGCCCCGGCGCCCCGCGCCCCCGGGGACCCCGGGGACUCCGAGGAGCUGGCGCGCUUCCCCGGCCUGCGCGGGCCCACGGGCCAGAAGGUGGUGCGCUUCGGGGACGAGGACAUAACUUGGCAAGAUGAGCACUCUGCCCCUUUCUCCUGGGAAACGAGGAGUCAGAUGGAGUUCAGCGUGUGCUCCUUGUCUAUCCAAGAGCCGGGCAGCGGCCCGGCUGGUGAGCUGAGGCAGUCUAAAGCCUCCCAGGGCUCGCAGGCCCUCCGGCCCUCCCAGGGCGGCAAGUCCUCCAGCCUGGAUGCCCUGGGUCCCGCCCGGAAGGAAGAGGAAGCUUCCUUCUGGAAGAUCAACGCCGAGCGCUCCCGGGGAGAGGGGCCUGAGGCCGAGUUCCAGUCGCUGACCCCCAGCCAGAUCAAGUCCAUGGAGAAGGGUGAAAAGGUCUUGCCUGCCUGUUACCGGCAGGACCCCGCCCUGAAGGACAGGGAGGCCAAGGCCGAAAGGCCCGGCAACCUCCGCCAGGAGCAGCGCGGCCUCCCCUGCGUCAGCAUCGAGCCCGAGAGACCUCAGCUCGUCCAGGCCCGCCCCAGCACCACCCCGUCUGAGCCUGAGGGGAAGCUUUCUUCUCCCGAGGCCAGGCGGGAGGACGUGGAGGACGUAGAAGACUCUCUGUUCUCGGAACCCAUGCCUACACAGGUCACCUCAAGUAAUGUCGUCUUGAAGACAGGAUUUGAUUUUCUGGACAACUGGUAAAAUGUAUCAGACAACCAAAUAAUAAUAAUAAAACCAAGAACCCCUAAAUGUUUUCCAAAGUGGUGUGGUGGAGGAGGAUAAAAAAAAAAAGGGCAAUAUUUUCCUGGCUUCUGUACGCUUUUUUCUUAAUCAUUUGGAAACUGGUAAAUAUCGCCUUGUCCGGAUUUCCAGAUUUUUCUCUUUUUUGGUAAGGCCAGAUACAUAUGCUAUUUUCAGUGAUUUGAUAAACAGAAGUUUUACAUUUGGAAUUUUUAAACGACCGGUAAGGCAUUGAGUAGGUCUCGUGAAUAAAGCCUCUGUUCCCAAUUCCACCCCAUUUUCCCCCCCUCCCUGGAGAAAGAGUUUUCUCAUCGUGUCCCCAAAACCAUAAAAGCGAUUUCCGUCGCUUUCUCCUUUAGCCUCUCCCCUUUUGAAAUGAGCGGCGUGCGCUUUGCUAGGUGGCUGUCGGUGAUGCCCUCGGCUGUGGCGGCCUCAGUGUGCCGGGCUGGCCGUGACCGCGGGAAGAUUCCUCCCCACCCAGCAUUCCCGGAUGCCCAGGGCUCCCUGACGCCACGCCCCUUGCAUCGUGUGCCACGCUCUACCCUCACGUCAUUUCCAGGAACCCCACUGUUGGCACAUAGCAGAGAUGGUCUUCAAGCCGCCCUGAUCCGUACUCGAGCUGUCCGUCGUCGUUUAAGAAGAGUCGCAUGUUUAAAA